AUGGGCAGAACCUUUACCGUUGAGGAAGGCACACGAUGGCGCAUCCUGUCUCCGCUGUCGCAUCUAGCGCUCGAACAGACUCACAGUCCGUGUGAGGCGAGGCAGGUCUUCACGUGUAUCUGCUUAGACGAGCCAUGGCGCUCGUACGGCGAGAUAGUUUGGGCCACUCAGAAGACCAUCGAAAAUCAUGAAAGCCUGAUACAAGAUUACGACAAUGGUCUCCGUCUCCAUCCCACGUGCCAGGAAACGAAAGACACACUUCAUAUCACGCAGCGGGAUAUUACUUGCUGCACAGCUCCCACGGAUCGUCUGAACUACGUCACUGAACAAGAACGGAAAUCGCUGGAUCGUCUGGGCGCACGGCAGUGUGCAAGUGCACCAUGGCUACUUGGCUUCUCGCAAGGCCAGGUAGGUCCGGAUAUGUAUGAAGAGGCAAUCGUUGGCGGUUACUGUAUCUUCGCCCUCAUGACGAAACUGCCAGGGAAGCAUUUAUCUGUAUGCUAUGAUGAAUUCUGCAGGACUUUUGACAGGCCUGUCCGGAACAUACUCUGGGACGAAAAAAGAAAAAAAUGCUACAUUGUCGAUUUCGAGGACAGUACGUUCGUUGGGGAGCGCAAAGACCCAUUGGCGUUCAAGGGCAAGAAAGUCGAACUGUGGUGCCUGGGUGAGGAGAAUGUCUUAAAAUAUCAGUAUCAUUAUCUCGGUUGGAAUAACGGAUACCGCCCGACUGGACUCGGCGUAAGACCCGGUGCCGGCGACGAUGAUAAGCAUGAGGCGUCCCCCGCAACUCAACUUGCGAACUGCAAGAAGCACACCAUGGAAGGAGAGUAUUUCGGGCAAUAUGCGCCUCCUCAAUCAGAUGCAGUGGACGAUAUGCCUUGGCUUUCUGACUUCAUCGCCGGCGACACCGCCACUGAAGACUGGAGAAACAAUUUCCCCCAGUUUCCACCAGAUUCAGCAACCAACAAUGCAAGCAUCAGCCCGUUCGAGUACGACUUCACCAACCUUGGGACCCUAGUUACGGUGAACGACUAUGCAACAACUCCAGACGUUGUGCCUGGCAUGGCAGCCCCUUUGUCGAUACUGCUUCAGCAAGUUCAGCAGGAGCGCAACCUAGAAUCUGUACAACAGCGGAGAUCGCUCCCACAGAAACGGAGCACAUACUUCAAGCGCACUUCCGGGAAGUCGUCUAGUCCUAUACCUAUCAUAACACCCGAGAGGACUCAUAGCGAACCACAAUCGCUUGCAAUGCAGAGAUGGCAAGAUUCCCCGCCGCAAAAUGAAGCAGCUUCUUUGUCUGCUAUCUGCUCCGCGUUAGAAAAUCCUAUGACAAAUGGAACCCCCAACAGCCCAUGGACACCCAACUUUGACGCUUUCCGCACAUAUCGAACACCGCCCUCUUUGACCAGCGUCGCCAGCAGCGUGUCUUCUCGACAUUCAGGUGGCUCGAGCCGAUCAGCAGCGUCUGGGACGUCGAAACGUUCCCGCGUUAUGAAGAAGACGAGGAAGCCGAAGGUUAUCCGGAAAGAAACGAACCCUGAAGACCGCAUUUUCAAGUGCACUUUCUGUUGUGAUACUUUUAAGCACAAAUACGACUGGGCGCGACACGAACAGUCACUACAUCUGAGCACAACGGAGUGGCAAUGUGCGCCUCAUGGUGGAUGUGUUGUGCUUUCGACUGGAAGGGCCCACUGCGCCUACUGCAGCGCACUCGAUCCAACCACCGAGCACCUUGAGAAGCACAAUCAUAGCGCCUGUCAUGGCGAGCAGGCCACACCACGGUCAUUCCGGCGCAAAGAUCAUCUUGUUCAACAUCUUCGUUUGUUCCAUGGUAUAGAGACGCUUCCACUUGUGGAGGAUUGGAAAGUAGCCCUGCCUCCGAUCUCCUCGCGUUGUGGUUUCUGCAACGCGAACUUGAGCAGUUGGGAUGAACGUGUCAAUCACCUAGCUGCACACUAUCGCCAAGGCAAAACGAUGGCUGACUGGACGGGCGGUCAUGGUUUUGGUGCAGCCACUGCGACGCGUGUUACCUCCGCUCUGCCGCCAUAUCUUAUCGCAGAUGAUUCGAGGAGUCUGGUCCCAUUUUCUGCGACCGAUCCUGCGUCAAAGGAUCACUUCAAUCAACUCACCUCGCGACUCAAUCAAGAGGGACUACUUGCACCAGGACUACAGGACCAGACUGGCGCCUCUGGAUCAAACACCACCAUGCUCCCAAAGUUGAUGGAAGAUGACACAAUGAUGUUUGCCGAUAUGUUGGCUCAACAUCUGAGUCAGUUCGCGCGGAACAAUGUUUUGCGGGGUAUCAUGCCUACUGAUGAAAUGUUCCAGCGAGAGGCAAGACGAGUCGCGUUCGGUGAUGAGGAUGGCUGGAACCAAACACUAGCAGACAACCAACAGUGGCUGAAAAGCUUCAGGCAACAAGAGGACUGGCUAAACCAAGCAGCACAGCUUAGCCUCAAUUGA